AUGGCUCCUACGUUAAAAACUGAGGCCCAAUGUUUGGAGACACCGCUGAAUAAGAAAACAUUGAAAGACGUAGCAGAAAAGGUAGAACCCGAGACUGGUAACUCCCCCUUCUACAAUGUGGUGGUGAAGAAUGCUGCGGUUCGCUUAAAAUCAGCUGAAAAGGGAGGGAAGAAACUAAAGUCGUUUAAAUUCAAGAAAGUUGAUGAAAUGCAUGUCGAUGAACGCGGCAAUAUGGUGACUCUGGGAGUUGAGCGUAAGAAAAACAAGAUGGUGUGUCUGGCUAUGAAAUUUGGAGUAAUCGAUGAAAGAGAGAAGUUUCAAGAUCUUGCUAAAUGGAGCAAUCCUUUGAUAAGAUUUUCAACCAGGAAUUAUGCUUUGAAUGAUGUCAAGGAGGAUAAAUCUGAACUUAAAAUGGAACAGGCUACUUCAAGUGGAUAUGAAACCGCUCCAAAUAGAAAUCAAAAUAGAGCAAGAAGUCAACAUCCUCCUUUUUCGCUCCGGCAAUCUGGAGAACCGCCUAGAUUUCCCUCAAGGUACUCAUCUUCUUCCAAAGGCGAUUAUUACCUAACAGACGGAAGCCAAGGACUUUCAUCGCGUUAUAGAACGAACUCAAUAGGUUCUCCCUAUCACCAAGUCAAUAAAAAUCGAUUCAAAUCAAAUGAUAUGGAGUCUCUUCCCCCGUCAGAGUUUUCUGCCUAUUCUAUGAGAUCACCAAACGUUGUUAGUACCAGUGUGUCCUAUGCUGGCCCGAAUGGCUCAACAGCUAGAAUUUAUCGACCUCGAAGCCAAAAAGCCCCACGUUCGAGUAGGAAAAAAAACCUACUGGAUAUUAGAUCUGAUGACUCCGAUGAAAGCGCUUUCAUAAAUUCGACUAUAAGGGAGCGAAGAGGUGGUGGCAGAAAGAAGGAGUUGGUUCCCAUUGAUUAUGCUGUCCCAAAAGAAUCUCGCAAUUUCCACAGGCUCAAUAGGCAGCCUUUGACUGCAGGCUCCAGGAAAAGAAAGUCACGAAGUCACGAUAGAAGUCAUAGAAAUGACAGCCCCGUGACGUGUCCUGUGAUCUAUUUACUUUGGGAUUCAAGUGGAGAGGAGGAGGAGGAGAGCGAUUAUGAGUAUGCCGAAUCACCUUCCAACUAUAGGGACAGCUUAUACUCCUCGGCAAGUGAGUGUUCUGGUAAAUUGGAAAACGCUGAAAUGUUGCUACGGGAAUUGCAUAGGCAGAGAAAUGUUCGCCAUCGGUAA